AUGGCCUAUAUAAAAUUGCUUUUGUUCAACGAAUCGACCCAAGAAUCGAAUAUCUGCGAAAAAGAUUUUAUCGAAGAAUACGUUAUCGAGUGGGCAGAAUUGACGAAAUUAUCAGACGAAGUCUUUAUUAUCGAAUACAAAUUGAAAUAUUGGGAUUGGUCUUCCCGAUUCAAUUCUUCCUUACUUGCCGAACCCGAGUCCUGCGACCCCUCAAACAACAGACCCAGUCAAGCUCCCUAUCUAAUCCAUUGGAAUGUCAACAAUAAUCCGGUUUACUGUAAGAUUGACAGUUGGAAUGAACAUCUUGUGCUUAGAUGUGGAUGGACGCUCGAAUUUAAUAUGGUCCUAAGCUUGGAGCAACAUGAUCAUUAUUAA